CCCAAACCCGGUUUUCGGGGAUGCUUUUUUCAGGUUAUAUAUAUAUGAUGGUGCCAACUCGCGACUGUCUAGCAGGGAUGAGACAAAUGAAUUUCCUAGCUUCAAUGGAUAGGAGUUCCCCUCCUCUGGCUUCCUUUGUCUUUGUCUUCCUCGUUCCCUCAGAGUUGUCCAUCCCCACGAGAGACAGCUUACUUCCCUUGCCAAGUAAUCAUCUCCAACCAUCUGUGCAAAAUCUCGAGACUAGUUCAUCCCGAAUAUUAUUAUUAUAUAUAAUCCAAAGAAACCCCUACACCCACCCCAUCUCCCCCAAUGCGACUCCUCCACCCCCUCCUCCUCCCCCUCUCCUCCUUCCUCCUCCCCACCGCCCACGCCUCCCCCAAAACAGUAACCAUAACCACCGCGCCGCCCAUCCCCUCCUCAUCCCCCGAGUUCGUGACCGAGUCGCUCUUCACCUCCGCCAUCCUAAACAGCACCAACUUCUUCCGCGCCGAGCACAACGCCUCGGCGGUGACCUACAACGCGACGCUAGAGCGCUUCGCACAGCGCUACCUCGACUCCUCCGAUAACGGGCGCGACUGCAAGCUCGCGCACAGCGGCGGGCCGUACGGCGAGAACCUCGCGCUGGGCUGCUCGGACGCGCAGGGGUGCGUGCGCCUGUGGGCGGCCGAGCGCGACGAGUACGACUUCCGGAAGCCGCAGUUCGGCGAGGCGACGGGCCACUUCACGCAGCUGGUGUGGAAGAACACGUCGGCCGUCGGAUGCGGGAGGAGGCUGUGUGGCGCCAAGGGGUGGUACCUCGCCUGCGAGUACUGGCCGCGCGGGAACGUGGUUGGCGAGUUUGGGGAGGAGGUCGGGAAGCAGGUUAAUGGGACGGGGAGCGCAGGGGUGAGGCCUGCGGUCGGGGUUUGUGUUUUGUGGGUUGGGUUGGUUGUGCUGGGGACGGGGGGUUUCUUGUGGUGAAUGGGGAUGGAGGAACAGCACUGCUAAGCGGAUCGAGACAUCCGGCAUCUCUACACCUGCAAGGCAUCAACUCCAAGUGGCUCGAGGGUAAAGAGGGGCUGGAGGUGUGUUGUGGGGACCAAGAUGGGCAAUUUCAGGUUCAACACUGAGCAGAGAUGUCCCUCCGAGUUU